CUUCGCAAGCCAUGGGGCUGGGCAUCCUGUUACAAAAGCAAAGCUUUGGGUUUGCAGCACCAGCAGCCGUGCACUGGCGUCGGCCCUUGUAGAGGAGAUCGGACGUGGAAGGUGCCCUGUCUUGGCAGCACCCCUCUCCGCUGACCACUCCAGAGAAGCCAAGGUUUUCUGCUCUUUCCACCAAGCAAGUUCCUCUUUUGCACACUGCACUUCUAAUGUAAAGAAAGAAUUGGACCAGUUCUUGAAGAUGUCGCAGAUUUCAGUUCAUUGGUUUCGCAAGGCACUUCGCCUCCAUGAUAACCCUGCCCUGCUAGCAGCAAUGAAGGACUGUGCUGAGUUCUACCCUAUCUUCAUCCUCGACCCCUGGUUCCCAAAGAACAUGCAGAUCAGUGUCAACCGCUGGAGGUUUCUGAUUGAAUCACUAAGAGACCUGGAUGAGAGCCUUAGGAAACUGAACUCAAGGCUGUUUGUGGUUCGUGGUUGCCCAGCAGAGAAAUUCCCAGAACUCUUUAAGAAGUGGAAGGUUACACGGCUUACGUUCGAAAUAGACACAGAGCCCUAUGCAAGGCAGCGAGAUACUGAAGUGGUGAGGCUAGCAGUUGAACAUGGUGUCCAAGUUAUUCAGAAAGUGUCCCACACUUUGUAUGACACUGAAAGAAUAAUUAUUGAGAACAAUGGCAAAGUGCCUCUGACUUACACACGGCUGCAGACAGUCUUGGCUUCUCUGGGUCCUCCCAAACGGCCAGUUCCAGCUCCCAAUCUGGAAAACCUGAAUGGCUGCAGAACUCCUAUCAAAGAUGACCAUGAUGUGGAAUAUGGCAUCCCUUCUCUUGAGGAACUGGGACAGGAUCCAAAGAAAGCUGGUCCUCAUCUUUACCCAGGAGGAGAAUCAGAAGCACUUGCUAGGCUCAACUUGUAUAUGAAAAGAACGUCCUGGGUAUGUAACUUUAAGAAGCCUGACACAUCUCCCAAUUCCUUGAGUCCCAGCACCACGGUGCUCAGUCCCUAUGUCAAGUUUGGGUGCUUGUCUGUACGAACGUUCUGGUGGAGGCUGAAUGAAAUCUACCAAGGGAGGAAACACUCUGAUCCACCAGUCUCUUUGCAUGGGCAGCUUCUCUGGCGGGAAUUUUUCUACACAGCAGGAGCAGGCAUUCCCAACUUCAACAAGAUGGAAGGCAAUCCAGUCUGUGUGCAGGUGAACUGGGAUGAUAACAAGGAAUAUCUUAAAGCCUGGGCAGAGGGCAAGACAGGUUACCCCUUUAUAGACGCCAUCAUGACUCAGCUGCGUACAGAGGGAUGGAUCCAUCACUUAGCACGCCAUGCUGUGGCUUGUUUCCUGACACGAGGAGACCUCUGGAUAUCCUGGGAAGAAGGGCAAAAGGUCUUUGAGGAACUGCUGCUUGACGCCGAUUGGUCCUUGAAUGCUGGUAACUGGCAAUGGCUUUCUGCAAGUGCUUUUUUCCACCAGUUCUUCCGCGUUUACUCGCCAGUUGCCUUUGGCAAGAAGACAGACAAAAGUGGAGAGUAUAUCAAGAAAUAUCUCCCCUGUCUCCGCAAGUUCCCAAGUGACUACAUUUAUGAGCCUUGGAAAGCACCAAAGAGCGUGCAGGAGCGUGCAGGAUGCACGAUUGGCAAAGAUUACCCCCGGCCGAUUGUUGUGCAUGAAGAAGUCCGCAAGAAGAAUCUUGAACGGAUGAAGGCAGCGUAUGCGCAGCGUUCAUCAAAUGUAGCUGCCCAAACAGAGGUUGAAAUAGAUAAGAAAGGUGCGAAACAGAAACGGUCGGAGGGAUCCUCAGAAGCUGAAGUGAAGGCUAAGAAAGUGAAGGUCAAAAGCAACUGAAAGCAGAAUAAACCUAAUGUUAGCCUGCAUCCUUCAACAGAAGAAGAAAAUGAAAAUGCUAUCAGACAAUGAUAAAAUACUGAAUUUUGACUUGCAGUAUCCAAAACGCUUCAAUUAGAGAAGCAGGAUUAUUUCCACAACUGCCCAGUUGCACACACAUUUUAUAUCUUAUAUUGCAUCAUAUCUUUCAGUUUGAAUAUAAAUUUUUCUUUUAUUAAA